CUAUCUCUCACUCUGUCGCUGUCUCCUUAAGUAUACGAGUACGGUUCGUUUGUUUUUUUAUUGUUUCCGUCGUACUUUUAUUUUUCUUCUACGUUAUUCUUUGGCCGUUCCUGUCGCCUCAGGCCGAGACCAACCACCUCAACCCUGCCGUUUACCAUUGUACCUGGCCAUAGUCAUUAGCUAGGGAAGGUACCUUGCAUGCCGUCAUUCGUCUUGUUGCCCGUCGGUCAAUUGAGCCCCCCCUCCUCCCCUCCACUCGUUGGACCCCUCCACGUUCCCGCCACGAGCUGUUGUCCAUCUCGCAUCGUGCCCGCACGGCGUCUUCCAGUCCCAAUCCGAGCAAGACAGCCGGCGGCGGCGACAAGCACGGAAGACUACGGACAUGCGACAACUGCUUGGCUGGGACCAGCGACGGCAAGCCGCAAAUGGGGACUCUGUUGUCUGCACACGCCUCGCAAGCCAAAAAAAAAAUUUGAAGCACCUCAGGAAGCAAGAGCAAGAGGCAACAGUGCUGCCGCCCCUCACCUUCCCCUUCCCCCGUCCACCACCACCCCCCGUUCCGCUCCUACCUUGCCUCUUCAAUUUGCUGUGUGUGUAUCCGAAAGGUACUCCGUAGUCCGUACCUUACCUGACCUUUCCAUCCAAGUCAAGGUAGGUAGGUACGAAGUACUGAGUAUGCUCAACCCACCCCGCCUGCCUACCUUCCUUACCUUGCCUUACGGCAGCCGUUCCUGUCCAGUCAACUCGCCUUCCACUCCCACUCCCACACUCAUACACACCAAACCUUACCUGCCUUGCCUUGGGGCCCUUUUUUGCACUGCCUCAACGCCCUUUCCCUUCCAUCCAUUCAGAAAUUUCCCGCUAACCAGCAUUUCCUUUCUCUCCCCUCAAGGUGGCCUUUCGAUCUCUUCUCCUUCUCACCCCCUCCUUCCUUUUUUCGAUCCAUCAAAGCCCAGUCUCAAUCCUGACGUCUGUCAUCACAACCACUCCUACAACCACCAACACCAAACACCGCCCACCUAAUUCCAACCACCAGGUCCGUAUCUCGCUUCCCUCAAUCCCUCGCUCUCUUUUUCUCAAAAAAAAAAAAGACAUUGCAACAAAUCAAUACACUUCAGCCUCUUCCAACGGUCGACAUCGCCUGUUUUUUAUCUUCUCUCUUGUGGCGACGCCUGCAAACUUCUUUGUUUGACACAGCCCACAACCCCAUUUUCCCUCAAUCUCGCACUGCCAUCCUCCGGCCUGGAAAUUGUACGUUUGCUUUGUCGCCCAU